GCUGUGCGGUGCCUGUUGUGGCGCGUUUUGCGGUGGUGUAUUCCGGUGGAAAGCUUUCAUUUUCGGGUAGAACCGGACUUGAUCUGGGGCGUGUAUGCGGCGUGCGGAGGGGACUACAACCCGAAGUGUGCUGCGUCGUGCUCUACAAUUCGCUUCUUGCUCCGUUUCGGCGGCGCUGUUGAAGUGAGGAUCGUAAUUUGUCUUUCUGUUCGGAGAGAUGGAGAAAAGAUUCUCGGCUAAAGUGACGACUUCGGGAAAGGCUGCGUGUGUGUUGUGGUUGCUUCGGCGGUUGCGGCGUGCGUGCGGCUGGCCUCUGUGUUGUUGUUUGUGCUGGGAGGCGGCUUUUCGUCUUCUUACGUAUGGAGGAUAUUAACUUGGUUGAUCCUGCCAGUAGUCAUACGCUUGUCUCAAAGAUUAAGCCAUGCAUGUCUAAGUAUAAACACUUUUGUACUGUGAAACUGCGAAUGGCUCAUUAUAUCAGUUAUAGUCUACUCGAUAGUACCUUACUACUUGGAUACCCGUAGUAAUUCUAGAGCUAAUACAUGCAUAAAUACCCAACUGCUUGUCGGGCGGGUAGCAUUUAUUAGAUUGAAACCAAUGCAGUCUUCGGGCUGGUAUUGUGUUGAGUCAUAAUAACUGUGCGGA